AUGAGGCCACGGCAACACCACAGCGCUCUGCAGCUGGAGCGGAGUCUAGAUCUCGACAAGAAGAAUGGGCUCGCGCCCCAGCUCGGCUCGUUGCAACUCUUCCUACGGAACGGCGACAACGCCGGCUGCUCGCUCCUGCUCGCUCACUUCGCACGCGCAGAUGCACAGCCCGCAGCACUACGCCUGUGCUUCCAAGUCCACGACACCUACGCAUAUCCCUAUCGCACACUAUCUCUGAUGAGGGCGGUGACACGGCCAAGGUCGAACAGAGUCGGCCCGAUUGGCAAGGGAUGCGCGCUUGGAAUUCAAGUCGUUACAUCCGAAAAGAACGACCGAAAGGCCGACGGACUGCAGCUGCAUUACGAUAGGCAAGUACGCGCGGCAGGAGAGCGUCGACCGCGUACCGCUGAACCAGCGAGUCUCGUGCUGGCUUCCACCGAUUCCAUUGUCAACCUGUGCGACCAAACUCUCGAUUCGCGCGUCCGAAGUUCCACCGCGACCGAGACUGCACCUCCGCCGCAGCGUAUUCGACAUCCCAACCCACUACGUUAUCUUGCCUAUUCUGGGCUGCUACGAACCAGUGCAUUUGCAAGCCGUCCUUAUCUGCGGGAAAUGCGAGCUCGGGCUCUCGACAUCAUGCGCUCGUCGAACGUGGUCGCCGGGCUUCUCGUCCGGUCACAUGCUCGACGUAUACUGCGGUAUCGCAAGCUCAAAACGAGUCUUGAUAAGCAGCAUUCGCUUCUUGUGCCUGUGCAGACGCGUUCUUCGCGUGCGUCUCAGCUGACGCCAGGAGGUGCUCAAGACACGGCAGUUCCUGCGAGCGCAAAAGCUUCGGCGCAGUGUAACGUGACUUGCGUGCGGAAACAUCCGCGCGGCGGCAAUGCGCCGUCCAGACUCGGUUUGCAUCAGCCGCCGCCGCCGCCGCCGCCAUCGAGCUUUGUUGCGAGUUUCUCCGCCGUCAGCAGCAGCAAAGCGAUUUGCCUCUGCCACCUCGCCUGCCAUCGCGUUGUCGAAACGCCCAUCGGUUCAUCCGAAUCGAAGAAAGGGCCCUUCGGUAUUUCCGCUGGAAGAUCGCUACCCCAGAUCGCGUGGCUUUUCCUUGCAUCGCCCCGCGUCGCGACCCGCUCCACACCGCUCUCCGCUAAAGCCAUCACAUCCUACGACCUGGCCGACUGCGCCUCAAUUGCAGUACACUGCAAUGCUCAAGCUACACAGCUGAGCGAGUGGCUUCACCAAAUACGAUACUGUACUGAGCAUGCGGGCGCUGUCUCGCCUGUGGCAUCCCCUCGAUCCAUCGCGCUGCACCUACCAAACACACGUGCACGCGCACUGCCUCCGCACCGAUCCAGAUCGCGCGCAUUCCUUUCCAGGAACGAGCGGGUUAGUUCAGAAGAUCAAGAGCUCGCCGGUGAGGUCAAGCGUAAGCUGCACUCGGCUGCAAUUGGCAUAGCAUGGAAGAGUGUGGUGCCCCACAUUCUCAUCAUCACCCGUGAUACAGACCCGCACUGCAUUUCCGCAUCUGCACUCCCACCUCCCCAGAUUUUCUUCUUUGUUGGGCGGCGGCGAUGGUCUUGUGCAUCUUCUCGCUGCACGGUCCCAUGCAACAUUCGUUCCGUGGCACCGUUUGCCCCGCUGUCGCACAAGACUGAUCUUCACGGCAAGCUCAAGCCGGGCUACAUUCUGACUUUGAAUGCAUACCCGAGCGUCGUCGACACGCCUGGCUGGCGUCAUGGUGCGCACACGUUCCAGGCAGGUGCGCCCGGUUAUCUGCUCGAAUUGGCUGAACCAGAAGGACCCGCGUCUGCGCACCACCUCCCGUCCUGUCUCCUCACCAUCAAGAUCCCCAUCCAUCUCGACCGUCACUUCAUCACGAUGCCUGCUGCUGCCAAGCCCCAGACCACCAAGGCCACUGCCGCCAAGAAGGCUGCCCUCAAGGGCACCCAGGGCACCAAGACCCGCAAGGUGCGCACCGACACCACCUUCCGUCGCCCCAAGACUCUCGACCUUGCCAAGGCGCCCAAGUACCCCCGCAAGGCCGUCCCCCACGCCCCUCGCAUGGAUGCCUUCCGCACCAUCCUCUACCCCCUCAACACCGAGUCGGCCAUGAAGAAGAUCGAGGAGAACAACACGCUCGUCUUCAUCGUCGACCGUGCCGCCAACAAGCGCCAGAUCGAGGGUGCUCUCAAGAAGCUCUACGACGUCUCGGCCGCCAAGAUCAACACGCUCAUCCGCCCCGAUGGCAAGAAGAAGGCCUUCGUCCGUCUCUCCCCCGACCAGGAUGCUCUUGACGUCUCCAACCGCAUCGGCUUUAUCUAA